GUUUGGACGACGUCCUUCCAGAUAAGCCAGUAAAUUAACAGCGACGCAGUUUCUUCUUCACUCUCUCUUCUCAUCCUUUACUGCAGCAUUCGCUCUUUUCUUCCACAUUUCCUCCAUUUUUACAGUUUCUUCACCAGAAGGCGGUUUAGCUGCCAGCUGAAAUGGGAGAAUGGGACCUACUGGGCCGGCUGCUGGAGAAGGUGCAGAGCCACUCCACCGUGAUCGGGAAAGUCUGGCUCAUCGUUCUGUUUAUUUUCCGGAUCAUGGUCCUGCAAACCGCCGCUGAAAAGGUUUGGGGCGACGAACAGUCCGACUUCAUCUGUAACACUCAGCAGCCGGGAUGCGAGAACGUCUGCUACGAUGUCGCCUUUCCCAUCUCACACGUCCGCUUCUGGGUCCUUCAGAUCAUCGCCUUGGCAACCCCAAAGCUGCUGUACCUCGGCCAUGUCCUCCACGUGAUUCACAUUGAAAAGAAGAUGAAGGAAAGGAUGGAGAACCAGGCAGAGCUGAACGACAAAGUGAGUCUCUUCCUCAGGAGGAGCUUCAAGGUUCCCAAGUACACAAAAAGCAGUGGGAAGAUCAGCAUCCGUGGUCGCCUCCUCCGCAGUUAUGUCCUGCAUCUCAUUGCCAAGAUUGUUCUGGAAGCCCUGUUCAUUGUGGGUCAGUACUUUCUGUAUGGUUUCACCCUUGAGCCGCGGUACGUGUGCUCCCGCUCCCCAUGCCCUCACAAGGUGGACUGCUUCCUGUCCCGACCGACGGAGAAAUCCGUCAUCAUCUGGUUCAUGCUGGUGGCGGCCGUCGUCUCGCUCGCCCUCAGCGUCGCCGAGCUGCUCUACCUGCUCGUGAAGGCGGUGAAGGAAUGCGCGGCCAGGCGGCAGGACUACACCGUCACCCCGGUGACGCCCCCGAGGUCGAAGAAGAAGGCUUUUCAGAAGCACGGCGAGGUGAUCCAGAAUUGUGUCAACCUGGAUUUGGAGCUGCAGGGGAGGAAGUCAGGGAUGAACGGGACAGUAGGCGCCAUAGACGUGGCGACGGAGAGCAGCAUUGGGGAGGUCCACAUCUGAGUCGUGAAUCUGCGUUUUGUUUGCAUCGGCAGAAAGGGAAGUCUUGGUGAAGUAAAUAAAGUGGGGAUGGAGAUCACCAUCUUCCGUUCACAGAACAAAGUUACACAGAAUAACUUAAAUGAGUAAAAAUGAAACUAAAAGCUUCAUUAUUUUAAAGGGGACCUAUUAUGCUUCCUUGAACAAGUUGGAAUGGGUCUCUGGGUUGUAACAAACAUGUUUGUUUUCAAACACAAAUUCUUAGAUAAUAAUAUUUUAGCUUGGUCACUUCUGCCUAUUUUUAGCUCCUUUCAGAAUGAGCUGGUUUAGGGUUCUGUCUCUUUAAAUCCAGACAAUCUGCUGCUGGCCACGCCCCCAUCUCAACUUUGACACUCACAUGUGAAAAUGGCUGCAAAUAGAGGCGCAACUAUACAUCUUCAAUCUUGAGUCCAAACUAAACACUUGUCUUUUCCAAACAUGCUGGAGUUCUACUUGGUUGCUAGGUAACGGGGCUGGGCUCAGCUGGGGUUGCUAGGUAACGGCAAAAUGACUCAAGGUUGUGACUUAAUAAUUGUAGAGCUUUUGAAAUGGCUCAUUUUCCAUACAUCAAAAAACGUAUUGCCAGAAAAUGGCUGUGAUUUUAAAUAAUUUUGUUUUUAGAAGCAGUGGAGACCCAAACGGAAGUGAAUUUUUCAUAAUAGGUCCCUUGUAAUACAAAGAUUGUUUUUGUAUAUAUUAAUAAUUUUUAUAUUAGAAGUCUACAAUUUUACAA